AGGGCAAUCCCUGAAAGCAGCAAUAGCAGCUCUCUCGACCAACCGCUCUUCGACGACACCCGGAGCUGUUCUCUGUGCCUGGGACACUCGCAGAGUUCACUUGACAAGACAAUCUCUCAACGACGAUCUCUCACAUAUCUGUGUCAAUUGAACCUCUGUGACCAUCACGAGCCAUUCCUCAGGCUCGUUCUCAUACCCUCAUUUUGGACCAGCGGCCCGCCCGCUGGACGCUUGGUGGCCGCGUGGAACAAUGGAUGUUCACACGCAAUCCCGCGGAGCACGUAUCUUCUCGAUCUUAAACGACAACGACUGCCCUUCCUUCGUUGUCCGAAUUCACGGGGCGUCUUCUCCUUCGCUCUCGAAAUCCGGGGCCUCUCCCUCGAUUCCUCCUCAACAAAGGUGUGAGAGGCCGCACCUUCCUCGCCAGGCAGGCUACAGACGUACCUCUUCUGUCUCAUCCGCCGGAACUCCUCCUCUAUUGCGCCAAUCAUCCUCAGAAUCCAGCUCGAGCAUGGACUCUUCUCCAUCCCCGAUCACGCCGGCGUACAACUAUGUCGACAACACCCUAAUGCCAUAUGAUCCAUUGCUGCGCCAAGACCUGGUGGGCUACCUACCGUCGCCUUCCACCAUUACUCCAUUUCUGGAACAACAACUCAUGAUUGCUCCAAAUAUGCCUGAUCAGUUUUCUGGAAAGACUCUCAUGCCUCAAAUAACGCCAGCGCACCAAUAUCCGAAUAUUCCUAUACCUGUUCAUCCCGGUCUUCAGCCUCUCCCCAUUCCAUCUCCCAUGAAUGCCACUCUCCCACCUACAUCCGCAGCUGUUCCUGCUCCUACUAGCCAACCCACGACUCCACCGACCACCAGUGGCGAGUCAACCAUGAAAAAGAAUAAAUACCCGUGCCCUUAUGCGCAGUCACACAAUUGCCAAGCAACUUUCACGACUUCAGGCCACGCUGCGCGUCAUGGAAAGAAGCACACCGGAGAAAAGGGCGUGCAUUGCCCCAUCUGCAACAAGGCUUUCACGCGCAAGGACAAUAUGAAGCAACACGAGCGCACCCACAAGGGCUCUCAAUCCAGCAAUAGCGAUGAUUCGGCACGACGCAGCAAGGCUGCAAUGACGAAAGAUGCUCAGAAGACCAAGCAGCCCAAGAAGGCUGAGACCAUGGUCUCCGAAGCCAGUCGACGAUCAAGCCUACUCCACUCGCCUUUGUCCGAGGUCACAUCCCUCGCACCGACUGCAAUUGACACACCCUUAAACCACGAAGACACUACCUUCUACGCCGAGCCAUCCCACAUGCUCAUGCCCAUCCAGACGAUCCCUGAAAGCGUCUCUCCGAAUUCCUUGUAUCCCCCUCUAGGAGAGGAAUCCCUCCUCGCCCAUGCCCCUGGCAUGCACCAGUCCUUGUUCAACAAGAUCAACGACAACGGCUUUGCUCCGAAUGGUCUUAUGCCACCAACCUUGGUUCGAGGAUUUUCCGAUCUGGAUACUCUCGCGCAGGCCGCGGAGAGUUUUGAUCCUUAUUACCCAACGAACUUGUAAUCGACCACAAUCACUCAGGCGGCCUGGUCUUCUCGAAUUCUGCACAGCGUUGGUGUUCUUCAAUUCUGCACAUUUGCAGUGCUUAUGUUUACGAAAACGAGUCUACUUUCUUCGGCGGCGGAGUUUUUGGUCCUUGCUUGUAAAGU